GCCUUUCCUGUUUAUACUACUCCUAACGGCCCACUGCUUUCUGAGGACGGUCGCCCCCCUGUUAGAGGGGCGGUAGCCUGGAGCUUUUCUGCCCUCUUGUCGUCACCGCAGCCCUUUAUAUACAGUCUGUGCCUGUGCCCGCCGGCUGGACCACUGACUCCUCUGAAGCUCACGCUUUAUACACACCACCCUAUUCUGGAUAUAACGCGGUUAUUAACAAGAUGGCUACGGAACACUUGGAAAUGAACGGUGGUGCUGACCGAAACGGCGAGGCGGAGGUCCCGCUGCGAGGCCGCAACAGGAGGCAACAGGGGCCUCUGAACAUGAACCAUUAUGCCAAUAAGAAGAGCGCAGCAGAGAGCAUGCUGGAUGUGGCUCUACUGAUGGCUAAUGCCUCACAGUUGAAGGCUGUGAUGGAGCAAGGACCAGACUUCACCUUCUACGUUCCCCUUAUUACUCUCAUUAGCAUCUCCCUCAUCCUACAAAUCACAGUGGGAGUUCUGCUCAUCUUCAUCGUUAAGUGGAACCUGAAUGAUGAAAGCAUGCACUACAAGCUGAACAUCAUGGAGAACUUUGCCACAGCCUUCGUCUUUAUCAUAGUCGUGGUCAACGUCUUCAUCACAGCCUUUGGUGUCCAGCGGCCCAAUCCAAGUUCUUGAUCACUUUACGUGACUCUCCAUGUCUACUGAUCAACUUAGUGAAGAUGGACCUCCACAUUAUUUAUGCAAAUGAACAGGAUAUUUAUCACUUUACUAAAUAGCAUUGCAGGUGCCUUUCUGUAAUUCAACAUCCCAGGCUUGAGGAGACCCAACAUAACCUGAGGAUCAGUUGGUGUGUGUGUGUGUGUGUGUGUGUGUGUGUGUGUGUGUGUGUGUGUGUGUGUGUGUGUGUGUGUGUGUGUUAGAGUUCCCCUCCUCUCUAACCGUGGCUAUGGUCAAACGUUUGGUCAGUUUAUAUUUCAUGAUGCAAUUCACCGGUUUGUUAUCUCUUAUCAUGCUCAGGUUGCUGAUGCAAAUAAAUGAUUUGCCUUUACUUAUAAAAAAACAUAUCAGGAGCAACAUAUUGUACGUCAGUCACAACCAUUGUGAAUGUUUCCUGAAAGAAAAUACAUUUUACUGUUAUUUCGAAAAUGUGUCCGUAUCUGUCAGUCUAAACCCAAUCUAUGCUUUCAGCUUUAGAACAAAAGACAAUAACGUUAUCAACACAGCAUAAUCCAAAAGACAUCCCUAAUAGCAAGUCCAUCAGGAGCCAUUUUGUCCUGCUGACGCUCUUGAGGCAUUACAUAAUAUAAGAGCUUUAUUAUUAUGGGAGCAAAUGUUUCAAUUGUUUACACGGUUAUAAACCUAAACCAAUUACUGAAGUGUACCUUAUAUGCUUUGUUUUUUUUAAGUGUUAUGCAAAGUCUUGUGUGUUUAAACUAAUUUAUCGAUAUGUAUUAGUUAUUGAAGUAUAUAGGGUACAUGGUUAUUUUAGGCUUUUCUUUUAUAUCACUGUUUUGAAGGACCAAAUAUUUUCAAAGCUUUUACUACAUGAUCUUGUAUUACACACUGUGACGACUGUUUUAAAUAAAAUGUAUAAAUAAAACUACAGAAGUGAUAAGAUG